UUAUUUUUCUAAAGGCAUACAGGUUGGGUGGUAGAUCAAUAUUUGCUCUGAUCUGUACUGCAAAACAAGAUUUUUAAACUAUGUCUGAACAUACCUCUUCAGAUUAUUAAAGCUGUUGACACACAUCAGAGGCUUUAACUAUAUCUUAAAUCAGACAUUAUUUAAAUAAUGCUAACAAAAUAUGCAUUUUAUAUUCACAAUACAUUGCCCUUUGUCAUAACCAAAACAUGCUUUCUUUCUUUCUUUAGCUUUAUAAUGCAUUGCCCUUUCUUAGAUGCCUGCCACUACCAUUUCAGAAAAUAUUCAAGAACAAAAAAGUUAUUCUUGCUUUCUUAAACAAGGAAAUUAAGGAACACAGAGAAAGUUGGAUACCAGAAGAACCAAGAGACUACACUGACUGCUAUUUUGAUGAAAUGGAGAAGAGAAAGAAUGAUGGAUCAUCAUUUGAUGAAGAAGGCUUGCUGUACAGCUUGUUGGAUUUGCUAGUUGCUGGUACAGAUACAAGUGCAAACGUUAUGUGUUGGACUUUACUUAUAAUGGUGACCUAUCCUGAUGUACAAGCUAAGUGCUACAGUGAGCUUUGCUUGAUGCUGGACAGUAAAGCAGAUGAGCUCUGCUACGAGGACAGAUCCAAGCUUCCUUAUAUCCAGGCUGUGCAGCAUGAAGUUUUACGUUUUAAGGAGGCUGUUUCCUUGGCAUUGCGCAGUGUGUCCCAGGAAGUUACGCUUCUUGGAUAUACAAUCCCUAAGGAUACAAGGAUAAUGGUUAACAUUGAAUCUGCCCUGCAUGAUGAAUCCCAGUGGAAACAUCCUCAUGAAUUUAAUCCUUCUAACUUUUUGAAUGAUAAGGGUGAAUUUUUAAAACCUGAUGCCUUUAUACCAUUUAGCGCAGGUUUAAGAAUAUGCCUAGGUGAGAAUCUGGCUCGGAUGGAGCUCUUCCUCUUCUUCAUCAGUUUGCUGAAAAACUUUGAGUUCAUCUGGCCUGAGAGUAGCAAUGCACCAGACCUCACACCAGUGUUUGGGACUGUGAACACACCACGUCCCUUUGAAGUACGAAUGAGAAAGAGACUAACCUGACCCAAUUCAGAAACAAAAAGCAACAUACUAAAAGUUGAAAAUGACAGUAAGAGUCUAUGAUAUUCAGCUAAAGGUUGUCACAUAUAACUUUUAUGCUUUCUUCUUAUCUGUAUAACCAGUUACAUAUAUGUUCUAUGUUUUCUUUGUUCAUGUAUAACUUUUAUCUUAACUUCAUAAAAAAAUAUAAUGCAUUUCUGUAUUGGUAUAUCAUCACCCAUAUCUACCUCAGAACUACAGUUGUUGCUUACAAUAUGAAUAAAAAACGUCACCCAAGCCUGGUCUCAUCAUUAAUGAAAAUAAUUGCCUUUUUUAACUAUUUAUUAUCAUGACCCAAGUACUGGUCUACCAUAGACAAGUCAUCACUUCAGCUGUAUUUCAUUG